GAUACGAUGACGUCGCAGGGGAGCAGCAGCAGCCUUUUCUAGCAGCACGUCCAGCCAGCAUUGCUUCGAUGUGGAUAUUUUUUUCAGUUAUGAGAUCGAUUUACUAACAGCUGUGGACUCGGAUUUGAAACUUUAAACUGUUUUGCGCGUUUUCGUGAACUAUGUCUCUCUCGGCUGUGUUUGUGUUGGAUCUGAAGGGGAAGGUGUUGAUAUGUCGCAAUUACAAGGGUGAUGUGGACAUGGCGGAGAUUGACCACUUCAUGCCUCUGCUCAUGCAGCACGACGACGAAGGGCUUACGUGUCCUGUAAUGUCACACGGCAACGUUCACUUCAUGUGGAUCAAACACAGCAACCUCUACUUGGUGGCCACAACAAACAAGAACUCAAACGCCUCACUCGUGUACUCCUUCCUCUAUAAACUUGUCGAGGUGUUUACGGAGUAUUUUAAGGAGCUGGAGGAGGAGAGCAUUCAAGACAACUUUGUGGUUGUCUACGAGCUCCUGGACGAGUUGAUGGAUUUUGGAUUUCCUCAGACUACCGACAGCAAAAUCCUUCAGGAAUACAUUACACAGGAGGGUGCCAAACUUGAGGUGGCAAAGUCGAAGGUGCCGACCACGGUCACCAACGCUGUUUCCUGGAGGUCCGAGGGUAUCAAAUACAAGAAGAAUGAAGUCUUUAUCGACGUCAUCGAGUCCAUCAAUGUGUUGGUGAAUGCAAACGGCAGUGUGAUGAGCAGCGACAUUGUGGGCAGCAUCAAAUUGAAGACCAUGCUGUCAGGGAUGCCCGAACUGCGACUCGGUCUCAACGACAGAGUGCUCUUUGCGCUCACCGGACGUGACAAGGGCAAGACAGUGGUGAUGGAAGAUGUGAAGUUCCACCAGUGUGUACGGCUGUCACGCUUCGAGAACGACCGCACCAUCUCCUUUAUUCCGCCGGAUGGGGAGUCUGAGCUUAUGUCCUACCGCAUCAAUACCCACGUGAAACCGCUGAUAUGGAUUGAAUCAAUCAUUGAGAAGUUCUCUCACAGCCGAGUGGAAAUCAUGGUGAAGGCAAAGGGCCAGUUUAAAAAACAAUCUGUGGCAAACAACGUGGAGGUUAGAAUUCCUGUCCCCAGUGAUGCCGACUCUCCCAAAUUCAAAACCAGUACGGGCAAUGCCAAAUAUGUACCAGAGAAGAAUUGGGUGGUGUGGACCAUCAAAUCUUUCCCAGGAGGCAAAGAGUUUCUAAUGAGGGCCCACUUUGGUCUACCCAGUGUGGAGAAUGAUGAGCUUGAGGGCAAACCUCCCAUUACUGUCAAAUUUGAAAUCCCUUACUUCACAGUCUCUGGAAUACAGGUGCGAUACAUGAAGAUCAUAGAAAAAAGUGGUUACCAAGCCUUGCCGUGGGUCCGUUACAUUACGCAAAGUGGAGAUUACCAGCUGCGGACCAAUAUGUAAAGGAAGAAGAGCAGUUCAUACUAGUAAUCCCAUGAACUUGUGGACACAGAGACUGCCUUUUCAAUUUCAGCUGAGCUAUUUAGUGGCUCUGAUUUGAUUAUUGAAAAGGAAGUGGAUUUUAAUUCUGUAAUGAAGUGAAUUUUAAUUAUUUUGAAUAUUGAAAGCUUCCAAAAACAAAUAAAGCACCUGUUUAUUCAAAUUAU